AUGAAAGCAGCUCACGAUAGGCAAAAGAGUUAUGUAGAUCAACGACGUCGACCUCUUGAGUUUCAAGUUGGAGAUAAAGUCUUUCUUCGAGUUUCACCAACUAUAGGUGUGAUGAGGUUUGGGAGGAAAGUUAAGCUCAAUCCAAGAUUCAUUGGACCUUAUGAAAUCCUUGAGCGGAUAAGCGAACUGAGACAUUACAUCAGGGACGACACACACGUUCUACAGCUUGAACAGUUAACAAUGGAUGACACCUUGUACUAUGAGGAGACUCCCGUUCAGAUUCUAGAUAGGGAGACGCGUGAUGCACGUCAGGGUAGUGUAGCACUUGUGAAGGUGCUAUGGUCUAAUCAUGUUACCGAAGAAGCCACGUGGGAGCUAUUGCAUCUUCUUAGUUUUAGUGAGUUAAGUUCGAGGAGGAACUUUAUUCUGAGUUGGCUAGAAUCAUAA